AGGGGGAGAAUAACGUCGGGUCGGGUCAGCGGGCGCUGCAGUAGUCGCCGCUGCGGCGAUGGGAGCGGUGGGGACGCGGCGGCGGCGGCGGCAGGAGGAGGAGGAGGAGGAGGAGGAGCACAGGCUGACACCAGAGCAGCGGCCGGGGGCGGCCUGCAGCGGCAGCGGCAGCGGCAGCGGCAGCGGGAACGGCAGCGGCAGCCGCCGCCGCCGCCAGUAGACGCGGACCGUACCCGAGGGGAGUCCCCGGCCCGGCCGGCCGGCCCUCGAAGCCGCGCUCGGGUCCCGCCGCAGUGGGCGGCGGGGGAUGGGCAGGCGGCGGCGGUCCCGCCUGCCGAGGGGCGUCCCCUGAGGGCCCGGGCCCUCCACCCCAAAUCUCUCGACGUCCGCCGCGGCCCAGGUUAAAUGGAAACCACCUUUGAGAGCUAGAUGCCUGUGUAGCUGUUUCACCACAUCAGUGUUCUGCAAUGAGUGGGGGAGGAGAGCAGCCAGAUAUCCUCAGUGUUGGAAUCCUGGUCAAAGAAAGAUGGAAAGUGUUGAGAAAGAUUGGGGGUGGGGGCUUUGGAGAAAUUUACGAUGCCUUGGACAUGCUCACCAGGGAAAAUGUGGCACUGAAGGUAGAAUCAGCUCAGCAACCAAAACAAGUUCUGAAAAUGGAGGUGGCUGUUUUGAAAAAACUACAAGGGAAAGACCAUGUUUGUAGAUUUAUUGGCUGUGGGAGGAAUGAUCGAUUCAACUAUGUGGUCAUGCAGUUGCAGGGUCGGAAUCUGGCAGAUCUUCGCCGAAGCCAAUCCCGGGGCACAUUCACCAUUAGCACUACUCUUCGGCUAGGGAAACAGAUUCUGGAGUCUAUUGAAAGCAUCCAUUCUGUGGGAUUUCUGCACCGAGACAUCAAACCGUCCAACUUUGCCAUGGGUCGCUUUCCUAGCACAUGUAGGAAAUGUUUUAUGCUUGAUUUUGGCUUGGCUCGACAAUUUACCAACUCCUGUGGUGACGUCAGACCACCUAGAGCUGUGGCAGGCUUUCGAGGGACAGUUCGUUAUGCAUCAAUCAAUGCUCAUCGUAACAGGGAAAUGGGAAGACAUGACGACCUGUGGUCCUUAUUCUACAUGUUGGUGGAGUUUGUGGUGGGUCAGCUGCCUUGGAGAAAAAUAAAGGACAAGGAGCAAGUAGGCUCUAUUAAGGAGAGGUAUGACCAUAGGCUCAUGCUGAAACAUCUUCCUCCAGAAUUCAGCGUCUUUCUGGACCAUAUCUCCUCUUUGGAUUACUUUACAAAACCAGAUUACCAGCUUCUUACAUCCGUGUUUGACAACAGCAUCAAGACCUUUGGCGUAAUUGAGAGUGAUCCUUUUGACUGGGAGAAGACUGGAACCGAUGGCUCCCUAACCACCACUACCACUUCUACCACUCCUCAGUUGCACACCCGCUUGACCCCUGCUGCCAUUGGAAUUGCCAAUGCCACUCCCAUCCCUGGAGACUUGCUUCGGGAAAAUACAGAUGAGGUAUUUCCCGAUGAACAGCUUAGCGAUGGGGAGAAUGGUAUCCCUGUUGGUGUAUCACCAGAUAAACUGCCUGGAUCUCCUGGCCACCCUCGUCCCCAGGAGAAGGAUGUCUGGGAGGAGAUGGAUGCCAACAAGAAUAAGAUAAAGCUUGGAAUUUGCAAGGCUGCGACUGAAGAUGAGAACAGCCAUGGACACGCAAAUGGCGUUCUCAAUGCGCCAAGCCUUGGUUCACCAAUUCGUGUACGAUCCGAGAUUACUCAGCCAGACAGGGAUGUUCCAUUGGUACGAAAGUUACGUUCCAUCCACAGCUUUGAGCUGGAGAAACGCCUGACACUAGAGCCAAAGCCAGACACUGACAAGUUUCUUGAAACCUGCCUGGAGAAAAUGCAGAAGGAUUCCAGUGCGGGGAAGGAAUCCCUUCCCCCAGCGCUGCUUCACAAGCCCUGUGUCUCCGCUGUGCCCCGUGCUGACCACGUCUGGCACUACGAUGAAGAGUACCUUCCCGAUGCCUCAAAGCCCGCCUCGGCCAACACCCCCGAGCAGGGGGACGGAGGCGGCAGCAAUGGAUUUAUAGCUGUCAACCUGAGCUCUUGCAAGCAGGAGGUUGAUUCCAAAGAGUGGGUGAUUGUGGACAAGGAACAAGACCUUCAGGACUUCAGGACAAAUGAGGCUUUAGGCCAUAAAACAACUGGAAGCCCUUCUGAUGAGGAGCCUGAAGUGCUUCAGGUUCUGGAGGAAACACCCCAAGAAGAAAAGCUCCAAGGAGGUCCUUGGGCAGAAAAUAAUCUUUUAAGGAAGGAAACCUCAGGUGUUGUCUUAGCGCUUUCUGUGGAUUGCCCUGCCGCUUCAGAACCAUACACAGAGAGGCUAGACCUCCAGCCCGGAGCUGGCCAGUUCAUUGCAGUGACACCCACAAGCCCCAUGGAGGCGCAGGCAGAAGGCCCCCUCACAGCGAUUACAAUUCCUAGACCUUCUGUAGCAUCAACACAAUCAACUUCAGGAAGUUUUCACUAUGGUCAGCAACCAGAGAAAAAAGACCUGCAGCCUAUGGAGCCAUCUGUGGAACUCUAUUCCCCGAGGGAGAACUUCUCUGGCUUGGCUGUGACAGAGGGUGAAGCUCCCAGUGGUGGAAGCAGAACAGAUUUGGGACUUCAGAUAGAUCACAUUACUAAUGACAUGCUACCCAAUGCUAGAGACAGCGACAGAUCUCAAGACCUGGGACCAAAAGACCUCUCUGACCAUAAUAGACUGGUUGGGAAAGAGUCCGAGACUCUUCCUGGAGAAACAGAAGAGAAAAGCAUUCUUGUAGGGUCUGAUAAUGAAGAGGGAAAGUUAAGUAAAGCUCAACAGUGUGUUGAGAUCACUUUCCUAGGGGAUUUGGCAACUGGGGAGAGGGAUCAUUCAGCUACUACUGAACCUCUUGAUGUGACAAAGACACAGACUUUUAGUGUGGUGCCAAAUCAAGACAAAAAUCAUGAAAUAAUGAAGCUGCUGGCAACUGGAACUUCAGCAGUUUCUCCUGGAGGCAUUGACCCGCACGCUGAAGGACAGAUAGGCCAGGUGGCAGCAGUGCACACGUGCAAGCUGUUGAAGGAUCGGGACAUCAAGAGUGAGGAUUUGCCUGCGCACCAGGGGGACCUGGCUACUUUUUUGCACCCCGAGGGUAAGAAAGAGAAAAUUGCCCCUAGAAAUGGUGAACUGUAUCAUUGUGUUUCUGAGAAUGAGAAUGAGCAUGGUCCCCCACCCCGGAAGGAUGUGGUUAGGUCAUCUUUUAUAACUAGACAUAGCCGAAUCCCUAUUUUAGCACAAGAAAUAGACUCAACAUUUGAAUCAUCCUCUGUAGUGUCUGCAAAAGAAAAGCUCCUCCAGAAGAAAGCUUAUCAGCCAGACCUCGUCAAACUUCUGGUGGAGAAAAGGCAAUUCAAGUCUUUUCUGGGUGACCUCUCAAGUGCCUCUGAUAAGUUGCUGGAGGAGAAACUCGCCACUGUUCCUGUUCCCUUCUCUGAGGAGGAAGUCUUCACUCCCUUCUCCAGACUGGCAGUGGACUCUCACUUGAGCAGGUCAGCGGAAGACAGCCUUCUGUCACCCCUCACCUCUCAGUCUAGAAAGAGUAAGAUCCCAAGGCCAGUUUCCUGGGUGAGCACUGAUCAGGUCAGUAGUUCGGCUUCGUCUCAGUUCUUGCCUCGACCACCACCAGGAAAGCCACCUACGAGGCCCGGAGUAGAAGCCAGGCUACGCAGAUAUAAAGUCCUAGGGAGUAGUAACUCUGACUCAGACCUUUUCUCCCGCCUGGCCCAAAUUCUUCAAAAUGGAUCGCAGAAGUCCCGAAGCACUACUCAAUGCAAGAGCCCAGGUUCUCCUCACAACCCGAAAACACCGCCCAAGAGCCCGGUUGUCCCCCGAAGGAGUCCCAGUGCCUCUCCUCGAAGCUCAUCCUUGCCUCGUACAUCUAGUUCCUCACCGUCUCGGUCUGGACGGCCCCACCAUGACCAGAAGAGUUCGUCCCCACACCUGGGGAGAAGCAAGUCACCCCCCAGCCACUCAGGGUCCUCCUCCUCCAGGAGGUCCUGCCAACAGGAGCAUUGCAAACCCAGCAAGGGCGGCCCCAAAGGACCGAGCGGCCUCCACCACCACUCGGCCAGCACGAAAACCCCCCCAGGGAAGAGUAAGCCCGCCAGUAAGCUCAGCAGAUAGGAGCCAGGCUACAUCUCUGGGAAAGGUGCGAGAUCUUGAUCUUUCUCCUAAACCUGACGCAUGGGUGUACCUGUACUGUCUAUUUUUUUUUUUAAAAAAAUCAGUGUUGAUCUUCUCUUCCAAAAGAAAGUAACAUGAUCAGUUAUUUAUAAGAAGACAUAAAUAUAAGGAAUUACCCAAUGCAGGUAGCAAGCAGAUCAGGAAUCAGUGUCUUGGCAUAGGAAGGGGCAAUCCAGCAAAACUUAUUGGAAGAGGGAAAAACUUACUAGGGGACUCUCAUCAUCUGCCUUCAAAACAAAAGAGUUGAGGAUAGGAGAUACAAAUGGAACGGGGGUUUCCUCUAAUUUGGUAAGCCUGUAUUCAAAUACUGCAUAGCAGAAGUGUGUGUUAUUUUCAUUCAAAACUUCCCAGCCUUGGAGUCAUUGCUGAGAGAGUAGAAGCCCGUUGCCAGGAAGCCAGUGCCCCUGUUAAAUUGGCCUGUGCAUUUAUUUAGUGCUUUAAGAGUCUUUGCUUUGCCUCAUUCUUAGUGUCCUUUCUGGAUUUUCCUUUUCUUUUUUUAGAGUUUGUGUCCCUUACCUGAUUCAGUCUCACUUUUUUUUAACUGUGUGUUCUAAUAAUAGCAUGUCAGCAGUGCAUGCUGAGAUUGUCAAGCCCAGCUACCUUCCUAUAGUCCCUUAGUAGUUUUCUCUGGAGCAACAAUUUUAACCCAGUCUCUUUUUAUUGUAAAAAUAAUAAUAAUAAUUGAGGGACUAAGGUAAAGAAACCUGUAGCUAGGUUACUUGCAGGCUUUCCAGGUAGGGACAGAGGGUCAGAAGGUGGGGUAAUGGCCUUUAAGAUAGAACCCUCUGAACUCUGCUCAUUCCCUCCUUGUGGAAGGAGACUGGGCAGAGGCGGUCAUAGAUAGCCUCCUCGAGUCUUCUAGGUGCCAGCCCUUUCCAAUCCCAGCCUCCAAGACGGCACUAGGGAAGCACACCACAUUAUUGGAAUGUGACUUGACUUUUUAGAGAUUUAGAAAGAAAUUAGGUAUGUUGUUAAUGCUUAUAACCUUCGCUCAAACUUUGUAUUUUGUAUACUUAGCCAUUAAGAAACGAAUAUCUGGGAAACAAAUUUAGGCUAAAUAUUUUUAUUUUAAUGUUUUGUUACCUGCCUCAUCUGUGUUUUUGUUUAAUAGUUGGGCUUCUUACCCUGGUUUCCAUGUAAUCUCCUCCAUUUAUAAAGAUAUAAGGAAGACCAUAUUAGUUCUAAUCUUCUGCUAACAAAAAUCAGGCAAAAUUAAAGAAUAGCAGACUUUUGAAACGAGCUCUUUUAUACUCUGUAUUUUGUGUUAUAAAGACCUUUUUAAGGUCAGCUAAAUUUGUCUGUUCGCUGUUGAAAUUUGCCUUCUAGCAAACAUCUGUGCUUUCUGUUUGACCUUGUGUUUGCUGCCAAACCUAGUACUGUUGAAUUGGAAAACAAAAAAAGGAAGCAAUUUGUUCCUUCACCCAGUGAACACAUUCUAAUGCUGCAUCGAAGCUGCCCUGGAGCUGCACUGAAACUUAUGUGUUAAGCCUUUUAACAAACUCAAAACACUAUCCUGAGACCUAAAGGUCUCCCAUAAGAAAUGUAGCAUAGUAUGGAAUCUUCAUUUCUCUCCCUUUCAAGUGCUGCAGAGGAAUGCAGUAGAUGAGGUGUAUUUAUUGUUUAGCUAAAGCAACUGUAAUAUUGAAAGACUGAUCCUUCUGUAUUAUAUUGUAUAAUUGUUGUUAUAACACUACUUGCAUGUCUUCAUGGUAUAUUAUAUAAAUAUUUAUAAAUAUAUAGAAGAGACAUAUGCUUAUAUUCAACUCAUCCUUUCUCAUUCUCCAUUUGUAAUUUCAGGAUCACAGAUGGUGAAAUUCCUUUUCUAUUGUGUGCCUCCUGUACACUUAGGCCUUGCCUAUCUUCAUUUUCUGAAAACACCUUCUUGGCAUGUAACAGCUCAAAUAUGCCUUCCCUGUGUAAAAUGCGAGGGUUGGCAGUCUUUAACAAGCCAAGAUACGAUGUUUCAUUUUCAUCCUACAAAGACUUUAAUAGGG